AUGGUGGGCACGAUCCUCGACUUUGAAUGCGCCGUCAUCACCGGCGGUGCGGGCGGCCUAGGCUAUGCCAUGGCCGAGUACUUCCUCUCGCUCAACAAAAAAGUCAUCCUCGUGGGCCGGACCGAGUCGAAGCUCGCUGAAGCGUCCAAGAAGCUCUCCAACGCGCCCUACUACGUCCUCGAUACGGGCAGCGUGAAGGACAUCCCGGCGUUCACAAAAAAGGUGCUGUCCGAGCACCCGGAGGUGGACUGCCUGAUCAACAACGCCGGUGUACAGCGACCCUUGGAAGUCCAAAACCUCGCGCUCGACAAGGUGGACAACGAGAUCGACAUCAACAUCCGUGGUCCGGUGCAUCUCGCGACCGCCUUCCUCGACCAUCUCAAGACCAAGAAGCUGGGCGUCAUCGUCAACGUCAGCUCCGUCCUGGGUUUCGUGCCGUACUCUAUAAUUAAUCCCGUGUACAAUUCCACCAAGGCCUUUUGUCACUUCUGGUCCGAAGCACAGCGCGUGCAGCUCAAGAACACCAAUGUCAGGGUGGUCGAGAUCGUUCCGCCGAGUGUGGGAACCGAUCUGCACAGGGAGAGGGAGAACCCGGACGACAACAAGAAGGAGAAGGGUGCCACCAGCUCUUUGACCAUCGCAGAGUUCAUGGAGGAUCUCGUCAAGGGUCUCAAGGCGGAUCAGGAUGUCAUUAGCGCUGGAAGUGGCAUUGCGCUGGUCAAGAAGUGGGACGAUGCGUUCCGAGAACAGUUCAAUGGCGCCGCGGACAAGUAUCAGCCAAAGUAA